AUGAAAUCAGCAAAACAAUUGGUGAUAUAAGGAAUGACGUCAAACAAUCUCAAUACGACCAGUCGAAGCUGUCCUCCACUGUGUCGUCUCUGGAGGUGUUCCGAAUGAAUGUUACCGGAAAUAAAUGCGACUUGUCUCGGAGGGUAGCUUUCACUGCUGGAGUGACGUCUAGUAGCACUUCAUGGAACAGUGGUACCUUAGUUUACAAUAAAGUCAUUAACAACGUUGGAGGAGGAUACAACCCGAACAACGGUAUCUUCACCGCACCAGUGGAGAGGAAUUAUGUGUUCUGCGUCACCAUUUAA